ACUCCUUGCAUCACAAGACUAACCCAAAAAAAAAAUGGAGAUCAAAAGAUCUACAGAAGAACUUGAAGACAACCAUGUAAUGCAGAUUUCAGGAAGCAAUGGCAUAGUUCACAACAUGGAGUUCAUGUCCCAAGCUUACCUCAGAAACCAAUACUCAUCCGAAAUUGACAUCCAUGAAGAAUUCGUUUCUCCUUAUCCUCAUGAAGAUGCCCCUCUUCCCAUCUUCCUCAAGUUUGAAGAUGUGGAGUAUAAGGUGAGAAACAUCCAAGCUAGCUUGAAAACAAUGGUGUCGAAGGUGGUGACACAUACUAAUCAAGAUCCAGACGGGUACAAGCACAUUUUGAAAGGUAUUACAGGAAGCACAGGUCCAGGAGAAAUCCUAGCACUAAUGGGUCCUUCCGGUAGUGGAAAAACUACUCUCUUGAAAAUAAUGGGAGGAAGAUUGACAGAUAAUGUCAAAGGGAAGCUUACUUACAAUGACAUUCCUUACAGUCCCUCUGUCAAGAGAAGAAUUGGAUUCGUUACACAAGAUGAUGUUCUGCUGCCACAACUUACUGUGGAAGAGACCUUGGCAUUCGCUGCGUUCUUGAGACUUCCAAGUAACAUGAGCAAGGAACAGAAGUACGCUAAAGUGGAGAUGAUUAUCAAAGAGCUUGGCCUUGAAAGAUGCCGUCACACAAGAGUUGGAGGAGGUUUUGUCAAGGGAAUAUCAGGUGGAGAAAGGAAAAGAACGAGUAUAGCAUACGAGAUUCUCGUAGAUCCUUCCUUGUUGCUUCUGGACGAGCCAACCUCUGGACUUGACUCCACUUCUGCCACCAAGCUUCUUCAUAUUCUGCAAGGAGUGGCUAAGGCAGGAAGGACUGUUAUUACAACAAUUCACCAACCCUCAAGCAGAAUGUUUCACAUGUUUGACAAGCUCCUACUGAUCUCAGAAGGCCACCCUGCAUACUAUGGCAAAGCAAGAGAAGCUAUGGAGUACUUCUCAUCUCUGAGAAUCUUACCUGAAAUUGCAAUGAACCCAGCAGAGUUUUUGCUAGACUUGGCAACCGGACAGGUGUCAGACAUUAGCCUCCCUGAAGAACUAUUGGCUACAAAAACCUCCCAACCUGAUUCUGAGAACGUGAUUGUGAAAUACCUGCAACUAAGGUACAAGACAGACUUGGAGCCAAAAGAGAAGGAAGAAAACCAUAGAAAUACAAAGGCUCCAGAGCAUCUUCAAAUAGCAAUCCAAGUGAAGAAGGACUGGACGCUUUCAUGGUGGGAUCAGUUCAUGAUUAUAUUCAGAAGAACAUUCAGAGAGCGGCGUAGAGAUUACUUUGAUAUGCUAAGGCUAGUUCAGUCACUUGGCGUGGCCGUUGUGUUGGGUCUACUCUGGUGGAAAUCAAAGACAGACACAGAGGCACACCUUAGAGACCAAGUUGGUUUGAUGUUCUAUAUCUGCAUCUUCUGGACAUCUUCAUCGCUCUUUGGAGCAGUUUAUGUGUUCCCCUUCGAGAAGAUAUACCUGGUGAAAGAAAGAAAAGCAGACAUGUACAGGCUAAGCGUGUACUACGUAUGCAGUACACUAUGUGAUAUGGUGGCACACGUUUUGUACCCUACAUUCUUCAUGAUCAUUGUCUACUUCAUGGCUGGGUUCAGUAGGACAGUCCCCUGCUUCCUUUUCACCGUGUUGACAAUACUACUUAUAGCCAUAACUAGCCAAGGUGCAGGAGAGUUCUUAGGAGCUUCGGUGUUGAGCAUUAAGAGGGCUGGUAUGAUCGCCUCUUUGGUACUAAUGAUGUUUCUUCUAACAGGAGGUUACUAUGUUCAGCACAUACCCAAGUUCAUGCAGUGGCUGAAGUACUUGUCCUUCAUGCACUACGGCUUCAGACUGCUUUUGAAAGUUCAGUACACAGGGGACCAAGUUUUCGAUUGUGCGAGCAAAGGCGGCUGCAGGACACUGCAGAGCUCAUCAUCCUUCGACACAGUUAACUUGAAUGGUGGUCUAGAAGAACUGUGGGUUCUGCUUGGCAUGGCAUUUGGCUACCGUCUUUGCACAUACUUCUGCCUUCGCAAGAAAAUAAGCAUUUGUCAUCUUUGAAAAGGAACAAGUGAGAACUGCAGAGACCAAAAAUAUAUGUAACAGAGAUCAGAAACGACUCUAUCAGGCUAUUUCCAGUUUUGUGCCAAUGGUGUCAGUGAUAGAUAAGAAUCUAGUAGAAAUCUGAGAAAUAGCAUUAAAUUCAAACGCAUAAGCUUUUUUAUAUUAAACAAUAAGAAGUUGGGUUCAGUAUUA